AGUACUCCAGUAACCGCCGGCGAGAGUGCAACAGGUGUAAGAAAAAUUCAGCUGUUUAACAUGCAGUGCACUUUUUCGGUAGACUAAACAAAUGAGUCGAAAAUUUGUGCGAAUUAAUUCAACAGUUUUAUGCUAGAUAUAAAUUAUUGUGUGAAAAUGAGAACGGCAGUCAAAAUGAUAAACCGGACGACGGCGUGCUUUUCGAUACUGGUGAUUUAUUGCGUACUCGUUUCGGCGGCAAUCUCGUGCGACUCCUGCGGAAACGAGUGCACCACCGCUUGCGGCACACGUCAUUUCCGGACAUGCUGCUUUAACUACCUGCGGAAACGAAGCCUGCCGCCUGCGAAAAGUACACAACCUCUACCGCCUCCUUCACCACCGUUGAUGCCACACGAGCUUAACCUGGAUAUGUGGCUUGCCAAGCAAACCGACUAUCGUCAGCACCAUCGAUCACCGCUAAGCGAUUUGCAGACACUAUACUUGCAAAGAUCGUCCGAAAAUGACUUCGAUUACGAACCGAUGAAGGAAGGGCCUAGUUUGAAUAAACAAAAGUCGCUCGCGUUUGAUCUGAACAGAAGAAUCGCAGACCAGCUCAGGGCGCAGCAGGAAGAAGAUCUCGGAAGUCACGACGAAGAGCAAAAAACCAGUGAAGAAUCCGAACCUGUUGGUUCACCUAGACUGCAACUACUGUAUGAUGCUUAAAUACGGAUCACUACAACCCGAAUAACUUUCGCACUACUUUGGCUUGCAUCCUUUUGCUUGGUCGUCACGAUUCGCUCCAAUGGCUGGGUCGAGCCAAACGUGACGACCGAGCGGUUCCUUCUGUCACUAAACUCACCCUCCGGAUAAGGUUAGAAAGCAACUAAUCCUGGCUGCGAUUUUCAAAGAGAAACGGCACACUGUUUUCCACCAUCUGGAAAAUCUGGCUGGCGUAAAAUAGGAUUGUUUGUAGCUAUAUUUUGUAUCAUGAAAGUUGUUAAUAGGGAAUUUACAUACAAAGCUGUCAAAUUAAACUAUGAAUGUGUAUAUACAUAAACACGCUGUGAAUAUCUGGGUAUGAUGAACUUGGACAAAUUCAUGGA